CAGGCUUUCUCAGUUCCCAGGUGCACGAAACAGGGACAUCCAAGAGGAUGAUGGCAGCUCACUACUUGCUGCAAUUCCUCCUCUUUGGGACUCUGCUUGUCCCCGCAUACCUGCAGACGGAUGUAUGUUAUUUUCUCAGUAAUGCAAUGGAGGAGGGCAAUUUCUCAUUGACUGUGACACCUCAGGAGUACAUGGCCAACACAAGCUACCAGGUUACAGUAAGUGUUGACAGAAACUACACCGCAGACAGAAAUGUGACCAUGUAUUUACUUCAAGCCUUGUCCCCCCAAAAUACCAGUGAAGGAGAAUGGCAUGGAGUAGAAAAUCAAACCUGCGAUGAUGUUGAGACAGCAACAUUAAAUGGCGCUGAAGAACUUUCUGCAACAGUAAAUUGGACAUCUCCAAGCAGUAACCUAUCUUCCGUGGAAAUAAGGGCAUACAUCAUCUUUGACAACAGUUCCACUGAGUUCAAGAAGGUGACCCUGCAGGAAGAUCCACAAACAAAUCCAACCAUAGCCACGACAACCCCUGACUCCGUCUCCGCAAUCCAGAGCAGCUUCUUCUUCAUCGCCAUCACUCAGCUGCUGAUGCUCCUCACUACAAGCAAACUGCUCUCCUAGGAGAUGGGGAGAGGAGAUGACCCAGCUGUGCUGCUCCUCUCCUCACCCACAGCACAGGUGGGAGGGCAGGCAGCUGAUCUACUCAGGAAAAUCACUCACUUCUUAUGUGUAUUAAGAUGAUAACUGCACUUCUACAUUAGAUUAUAAGGGUCUAUGGCCACAGAGCUGAUCUCCCCAUACUUCCCUCACCCAGGGCCAGCAAACGCAGCAAGAUUAGCAAGUCAGAGAUCACUCUGCUCUGAACAGCUGGAGGAGGUGAUUUAGGAGCAGACCCCUUCUAAGCAGGAGCACUGGAUGGGUUAAUCCUUUCCUCAGCACCUGGGGUCCCGUGAAGCACAAAAAAAAGCAUGAAAGUGCUUAGAGAGGGGAAAGGCCCUCUCCUCAUCCUAGUACUGCUGUGUGCUGAGGAGCUGGAGGAGAGGUCUGUGAGCCACAGCCAGGGCAGAGCUGGCUGCUCUUGUGUCCUGGAAAGCUCCCUUGGUUUGGUUCUGGCUCUCUUGAAUGGUGGAGAGGGUGGUUGUUUUUAUUCUCUUUUUUAAUUAUUUUUUUUUUAUUCAGUUUUUAAUCAGCAGCAGUUUCUGCUGUGGGAUGUGAUUGGACGGGCCAUGGAAUGUCUUGAUUUUUUUUUUUUUUUUUUUUGUGUUUUUAUACAGAUGGAAUUUAUGAAGGAAAUUGCAGUAAUUGCUAUUAUUUUUAUUUUAUUUCUGAAGCAAAUCUCAAUAAACCAAAGAAUAAAAGCUGGCUGUUGCACUGAGCAGUGUUUGCUGGCUGGGACACAGCCAGGCUCCAGCCCCAACCAGCACAGUCUGCCCCUGCAGCUCAUGGCUGUGUGUAAGGGGAAUUUGCUUUCACCUGUCCUUGAACCCAGGGCACAGCCCUCAGCCCUGUGGACUCCAGAGCCUGGCUGCCUCCCAAUGAUGUGUUCCUCUGCUCCCCACUGAGGCUCUUGUUGCUCUGAAGUGGACAUAUCUCACUCAAGUCCACUUUUGUUCAGAUUUUGUCUCAAAAAGCUGUGGUUUGCCUCCAAAGAAGAAAUAUCCCUCCCUCUCAUAGCUGGGUUUUGCAAGGCUGUAGUGAAGCCUCACUGAUUUCCACUUAUUCCCACCCCUGGAGAUCUGUUGGCUGGCUGCUUUAUAAAGUCAGCAGUCCCAAGCACAAAAUUAAGCACAAUAUUAUGAAUGAUAUUUCCACUGCAUGGAGUGAUUGAUGCACCUGUGGAAUGUUUCACAAAAUUUCACUGAAAUACGUUUCUACGGCCCAGCUAUUACAGCUGCCUUCUGUUCUGCAGGCAGGUUAAUUAGCAGCUCCUGAGUAACUGGAAUAAUGUUAUACUUUCCAAGAUGGCAGUGCAUAGCACUCAAUAAAAUCCUACUUAGCGCAGUA